AUGAAUUCAGUGAACUACACGUGGUACCAGAACGCGGUGCUCAUCUACAACUCGGACAGCCUGAUUGUGCUGCACAGCGACCCAGACAUGGCGCCUGGUACUAGCAGUCUGGAGAUCGUGGACAUGAAGUUCCACGACCAGGCCACCUACAGCUGCGUGGCCAACUUCCCCGGGAGCACAGUGCCCGAGCUGAGGGUAGAUGUCAACAUCACCCAGAACAGCGUUACUCCCCCAAUUUUAACGGUGCCAGAAGGGGGCCAGGUGGUGAGCGUGAGGGAGGGAGGCACCACCGACCUGGUGUGCCUGGUUGAUGGCAAGCCCCGCCCACCCGUGCUUUGGUCGCGCGCCGACAAGGACCUGACCAUGCCCACGGGUGAGUGGGCGGUGGAAACACGCGACGGGCGCCUCCGCCUGACCAAUGUCACCCGCGACCUGAUGGGUGCCUACCGCUGCCAGACGGCGCCAUACAAUGGCCUCAACGUCAAGCCACGUCAGGCACAGGUUCAGCUGAAUGUACAAUAUGCUCCAGUCCUGGACCCGGUUUUCCAGGAUGUUCGCUCGCCCAACUACCAGUUUGUAACCCUGCGCUGCAUCAUUCAGAAGUCCAACCCACCACACAUGGCCAGCAUCCGCUGGACGCGAAACGGCGAGCCCCUGACCUCCCUGACCCCAAACCCCCGGGAGAACCCGCAGCUGAAAUUCAAAUUGGACCCCAGCAACAACGGCACGUACAAGUGCCGUGUCAACAACGGCGUGGGCUCUUCUACCUGCACCUUCAACAUCUCAUCCCGUCCAUAUAAUGCUGAGUUCUACUUUGACACGCCCAACCCCAUCCGCAAUCUGAAGGGCAACAACUUCUCCUACAACCUCCAGUGGACCCAGAGAGAUCCCGUGGCUACAGACCGUAUCAUUGGCUACUGGGUCAACGUUCGCAAUAAUGAAAAGAUGAAUCAGAUGAACCUGUUCUCCAAGCAGAUCGACAAGGAGCCGGUGAAGGGAGGCCUCAUGUCCUACAUCCUGACUGACCUGAAGAUUCCCCUCUCCUAUGAAAUCCGCCUGGCCCCCAUCACCACCUAUAGCACAGGAGACUAUGUCAGUCGCACCAUCAAGUACUCAGAGCCCUACAAUUACCCAAGACCUUCAGACCAUGUUUGUGGCUUUGAGGACAAACACAUCUGCGGUUUCUCCCAGGACCGUGGCGACAAUUUUGACUGGACAAGACAGAACCACCUGACACAGAACCCCAAGCGUUCAUCCAAUACUGGCCCAGAGAUGGACAGGAGUGGCACCAAAGAAGGUUGCUACAUGUACAUUGAGGCCUCUAGUCCCCGGGUACCGGGGGACACUGCCCGUCUCUUGUCCCCCCUCUACAACGUGACUGCUGCCAAGGGCCCCAAGGGCUCUGGUCGUCUCCCUUACUGCAUCUCUUUCUUCUACCACAUGAAGGGCAAGCAAACCGGUACCCUGGACGUGUGGCUGAGGGUGAAGAGCAUCGCCUCUGUGGACACUAAGGUCUGGAGCCUGAUUGGGAACCAGGGUCCUGACUGGAACCAGGCCAACAUCAUUGUCAACCCCAGCGGACCCUUCCAGGUGGUGUUUCAGGCCAUUCGGGGAUCGGGCUACGAAGGGGACAUUGCCAUCGAUGAUGUAUCAGUCACCAAAGGGAAAUGCAAGCAGGAGAAUUCCGUUUCCAACACAGUUCUGAUUGGAGGAGCCCCGGUGCUGUGCUCGCAACCAUUGGCCGCCUCACUGACCUUCGCCCUCUGCUCCUAUCUACUGCUGCUCUACAGAUGAUGAGCACAACUCACAGCGUCACCUGUCCACCAUUUCUGUUUUCAUCGCCAAUCCAUCCUUCAUAUCUCCCAUUCCACCCUGGCUAAGCUUGUACCUCUUCUUGUACCACUUCUUCUCUCGCAUUCUUCUUUUCCACACUCACACUUUUACAGUCUUAUGCUGCUGUUUUCCCGUCAUACUCAUCUCCUUGUGACCUUUGACACCCAAUAUCCAACCCCUCACAGCAGACACUCACCCGGCUUCAUACUUCUCUUCACUCUCUCACUCUUCCGUCACCUCCAUCUACUCUUUCCCAACCCCGUAUUCCUGGGACACAAGUGUCGGACACUCUACCAAAGAUGACAAAGGACAAAAUAAAAAAUAUGGGUGGCGGGAGGGGCUGAGGGUUAUAAGAGAAGGGGUGGUCUCCCCCCUGUUUUUGAACCCUCCCACUUGCCUCCUUGGGCUGGGUGCUAGGUAGCUUCCGCAUCACGAAGGCAGACUGAGUGACUGACAGAGAAAGAAAAAUAGAAAGAAAGAAGCUCCCACUUGCCUCUCCUCUACCAGUCGCUGCAGUAAGACCUGCGUUAUAUUGUACAUAUACAUUUCUCUAUAUAAUAUAUAUUACAAAAGUUUAAAUAACAUUUAAAUGAAGAAAAAUACUCAUGGACAUGGACGACUUUACAGGCUAUGACAAAACUGAACUAAAGAAGCACAAAUUUAUACAAUCUAUUCUUUCUUUCUUUUCCAAAGAAGUGUUUUUUUUAAGUACUUUUACUGCAUGAGGC